CUGACUCCAGGAAGGCAGGGGGAAUGGAGAACACAAGUCUCCCUCUGGACAGGUGUCCACAUGUUGGGGGACACCCACUCAAAAUACUUUCCUGCUUUACAAAGGUGUUUGCUGGCUCUGUGGCUCCUGGCCAGACCCUUAGCACUUGCUGCCUGAAGGGGACAAACCCUCUGGUCCUCACCAUAGGCCAAGCCAGCCCAAGAUGUCUGGGCCAGGCAUGGAAGCGAGCGUCUGUGCAUGCAGCCCCUAUGUGAUCCAUUCCAGAGCUGGGAGGGAAGCCGUAUUCCACACCCCCCACCUCCCAAUGCCUUUCUCACCCAGUAGUCCCUGCCCUAGGGAACCCAUGUCCUCCUGCUCUCCUGUAACAUGGCUGAAUAUUUUCUAGGUUACCUAACCAAACUCCUACAAAACCACACCGCCUAUGCCUGUGAUGGGGACCAUUUGAAUCUACAGUGCCCUCGACAUUCCACGAUAAGUAUCCAAUCGGCAUUUUAUGGGCAAGAUUACCAAAUGUGUAGUUCUCAGAAGCCUGCCUCCCAGAGGGAAGACAGCUUAACCUGUGUGGCAUCUACCACCUUGCAGAAGGUGCUGGACGAGUGCCAGAACCAGCGGGCCUGCCACCUCCUGGUCAAUAGCCGUGUCUUUGGACCUGACCUUUGUCCAGGAAGCAGUAAAUACCUCCUGGUCUCCUUUAAAUGCCAACCUAAAUUAAAAAACAAAACAGUGUGUGAAGACCAGGAACUGAAACUGCACUGCCACGAAUCCAAGUUUCUCAACAUCUACUCGGCGACCUACGGCAGGAAGACGCAGGACAGGGACGUCUGCUCCCCAGAGGCCCAGCAGCUCCCCCCCUUUGACUGCCUGUCUUACUCAGCUUUACAAGUCCUAUCCAGAAGGUGCUACGGGAAGCAGAGAUGCACGAUCCUUGUCAACAAUUACCACUUUGGAAGCCCCUGUCUGCCAGGAGUGAAAAAAUACCUCACCGUUACCUAUGCAUGCGUUCCCAAGAACAUACUCCGAGCAAUUGAUCCAGCCAUUGCUAAUCUACACCCUUCUUUGAAGCAGAAAGAUGGCGAAUACGAUAUCAACUUUAACCCCAGUGGAUCAAGGGUUCUGCCGAAAGAUGGAGUUAUUAUUAGCAACUCUCUGGCAGCAUUUGCUUACAUUAGAGCUCACCCCGAGAGAGCCGCCCUGCUGUUCGUGUCCAGCGUGUGCGUGGGCCUGCUCUUCACGCUGUGCGCGCUGGUGGUCCGAGUGUCCUGCAGCAAAGACUGGCGCGAGCUGUGGCAGGGGAGGAAGCACCUGGUGCUGAGCAGCGACGAGGUGGAGGAGGACAGCGAGGAGGACGGCGAGCAGGAGUCGUCCUCCGACUCGGACUUGCCACGGGAGCUGUCGGGCCUGUGCCGGACUUCCUAUCCAGCCUACAGCUCCAUCGAGGCCGCGGAGCUGGCUGAAAGGAUCGAGCGCAGGGAGCAAAUCAUCCAGGAAAUCUGGAUGAACAGCGGGCUGGAUGCCUCGCUUCCGAGACACAUGAGCCAGUUCUACUGAAGGGGGGGGACGGGCCCCCAGUGCCCCUCGGGCUCUGAGUUCCUUAUACCUUCUAUGAAGGAGAAUCUGUCAUGUCACCCGGGACUGCGGAGGUGAAAGGCUGUCCAAGGCGCCUCUCCAGAUGUUUACGGCACAUCCCAGAAUAAAUGAGGAGGGAAGAAGUCUUUGUGGUCUCUCCUUACUGGGAAUCCCUGGGCAGAGGUUCCCCGUGCUCUACAGAGUUAGAGCU